GGUAUACCGUAACAGAGUACGAGAAUGCCAUCCUGAGCCAGGAGCAUGUCCAACCCGCCAUGAACUUAGCUCGAGACGCCACAAACCUGCAUUCUGACGCCCCGCUGUGUUAAGCGCCUACGGCAUAUUUCACUGUCCUGGGUAGCAGUCAUACGGGGACAGGGAACCUGCGCCUCGGCAACGAGGCCCUGCAGGUCUGGCGAUUAGGGUUCAGGGGAGCUCAGAGGGCAGCCGGGCGAAACGGCACAUGGCGCUUGAAGCAUAGAGCGUGAGGAGGCUGGGUGGCAGCGAUGUAAUUCUGCCGACGCGCCCAAGGUAACUCUCAGCGGCCGCUGGGAGCUGCUAACGCACUGGCCAAAGCUGCUCGUUCCCGCCCCGCCGCCGUCCGUGGACGUGGCCCAGGCCCCUGCCUCCCCGGCAAUGCGGCGCAGGUCAAGUGCAACACCUGCUGGCGCGGCAGCCGUGGGAGCGCUGCGGCGGCCAACGGGUGCGGCGGCCCACCGAGCCGAUGGGCACAGCCACGGGCUCUGGAGACCUGGCGGACGCGAGGAGCAGCUGCUGGCGCUGGAGCAUCCUGACACUGGCCGACUGACGGUGCCCAGCGUGUGAGUGGUGUGAAGGCGGCGGGAGUGGACUGCGCAGCUGCGCUUCAAGUGGCAAGCAGCGCCGCCGCGACGGAGGGCCCGGAGGAGCCGCAGGCGGGGGCCGCGGUGGGCGUUGCAACACCUGCGGCCGGCGGCAACAGCAUCGGCGCUGCCUCAACAGCAGCAACAACAGCAUUAGCAACAGCACGCGUGACAGCACGCGUGACAGCGGCAGUAACAGCAUUACAGUAUCAAGUCGGCGGCGUCAGGGUGCGAGCAACCGCCACCGGAUUGGACUGCACGCGGCGUUGGCCCCGAUGGCGGUGUCGCGCACGCCCUCGGGCUCAGCCGCGCUGUCAGCGCCGGCCGCUGAGGCCCUGCGUGCUGCCCCCCGCCGGCGGCGCCCCAGCGGCUGCACAGGCAGCCGCUCCACCGCAUCAGCCGGUUCCACAAGCACUGGCGUGGGACUGGGCGUUCAAGAUGAGGGCUGUAGGUGGCGGCGUCGCGGGCGGGCGCGUGCGUGCGGCGCUGCUUCAGGCGGUGCGGCCGGGCGCAGGUCCAGCAGCCGGAGGGUUCGUGGAGGAGUCGGAAGACCGCAUGGCCCAAGCGAAUGGCAGUACAGUAGUGCGGGCGGCCCGGCCUGGCUGCAUUGGCGCGGCAGGAGGCGUGAGGGCGGUACGGGCCAGGCUGAUUGCCCAGAGCUAUGCGCGCAGGCAGGCAGCAGGCAGGGUAGGUGUCAGCGGGCUUGGUGUUGUGGCACGCAGGUGAACGCACAUUGCGCAGCGACUGGGGUGCCCGGUGCAGGCUCGGGCACGCAGAGGCUAAUAGAGCAGGGAUGGCGGGUGGAGGCAUGCGGCGUGUGCGCAGCCGACCCGCAGCCGGGUACAUGGACGCACGUGUGGUAGCAGCUGUUGCAGUAGUCAAGGACAAUGACAUUGCAAGCAAGGACAAUGAACUUGCAAGCCAGGACAAUGAACUUGCAAGCCAGGACAAUUUCAUUAUUCUUGCUUGCGAUUAACGUUCCGCAAGCGUUCAAUUUCAGCGUCCCGCUCGUCGCUGCCGGCGUCGGAAGAGCUGCUUGGCAUCGUCCUUGACGUUCGCCUCCUUCAUCAUGAAGCUGCUUGGAGCUGUGGCUCUGACGGUGGCGCUGCUCCUGGCCGUGGCCGUGGUCCCCGUGACAGCGUAGUUUGGACUCCUGUAGACGGUCCACCUGAGGUCCCUGGCGGCUGCUUGUGCCCGAGGGGCGAGGGCUGCCCAGUGGACCUGGAGCCGCUCUGCCUGCACGCAUAGAGGUGCGCCACACCAGCAGUUCCCCCGGGUGCGCAGAGGGAGAGACGCCACGGAGGCAACCCUGGCAGCGGCGCGGGGAAAGCUGGGGACCGUAGGGGAGGUGGCGACUAAGAGGCAGGAGGUGCCGAGGAAUGAUGGAUUCAUCUCUCGCCAUGUGCUGUCGCCAGCCGCCCCGCCUGCACCGCAGCAGCAUCAACAUCUGCCACAGGUGCCUGGACCAGGUGGUGGCGGAUUGGAGGUCACUGGAGUGCAGGCAGUACAAUCGGGAGGAGCUGAAGGGAGCAACGGCGCACAGGCAUUGUUGGCAUACCGGCAGCCGCCGCCGUCACAGCACCAGCAGCAGCAGCAGCUUGCUGUUGGAAACGGCCGCAAGCGCGCCAGGGAUGAUGAUGAUGGCGCUGGCCAGCGCCGAUCUCAGGUGCCCAACGGGAACAUGUUGUGGGUAUAGGACAAGAAGGCGGAGGCCAAGACGGCUGCGGUCAAAGAAGCCUGGGUGAGCCUGCCUAGCCGCGAGCAGUCUACUGUCUUCGGUGCUAUGUGGAACGAAGGGGCUGCCUGAUGAGGUGCGGGACCGGUACAAGGCGAAGACCAUGCGAAGAGCAUGCUGCUGGGCGGGGCAGAUUGGCAAGCCGGUGUGACUGAGCUGCGGCCGUGCACCUCGUGCGCGUGACGGUGCUGCUGCGGACUCCUCACGGUGUGGGCCGCGAACGGCAACGACCAGGACGCAACUAGCUAGCUAUUGUGGGUGAGCUGCGGCUGACGCUGCCGUGCGGUUGUGUGUGUGUGACACGGUGAUGCUGUGGACCCUGACGGUGUAGGGCGUGAACGGCAAGGAUGAUGACGCUACGAGCAAGUGUGAAGUAAUCCUUGCAACGCAACUCAAGGCA